AUGGGCGACUGUAAUCGGCUUCGCUAUGUUGCACCGAAUCUGGUUGAUGGGGAGCUUGUCAUUCCCAGGGCGGUUCACGAUGAGGGAGCGGUCAGAUGGCGCAAUGCUCUGGUGGGUCAGUUUCUCAUGGUGGCGACUCCGAUUGCUAUCAUUCGUCGAUCGGCUCAACGUUUCUGGGGAAGAGAUGGUAGGGGAUGUGGGGGAAGCUGUUGUUGCCAGCUUUUCUACACCUUUGAGGAAUGA